AUGGCAUCCAGAAAUAGAAGAAAUUCUACAGUUCAAAAUAUAUUCUCACCCAGUGAUGAAGUUUGCAAGCACGGAUUCUUCACCAAAUCACCACCUCUUCAACUCUUGAGCUCACAGAAUUCCUGGAAAAGGCGUUUUUUCAUCCUGUGCAAAUCCAGCAAGGGUUAUUACACCCUGAAGUACCUAAAAGGCCAGCAUAUAAAAGGCUGCAUAGCUGUUGAUCAGAUCAUAAAUGUAGAAAUUGGCAUAAGUAAUUCUGAAAGGAUGGCAACGGUAAGGAAGAUGUUUAAAUGUCCUCCUGAAGAGGUGAUGUCUAUUAGUACUGGAGACAGAAGUUACUACCUCAUUGGGAGGAGCAGGCAAGAGAUAGAGGACUGGGUCACUGAGAUAUCUUCAAUCUGCAGGGAGGCGAAAGAAGGUGGAUGUCCUCAGAACCAAGAUCUUGCAAAGCCAGAAGUGAAAAGCCGACCUUCCUCUUUGCCAUUAUCCCUGAAUGAUGUAGCUAUGACCAGCCACCUGGAAAGCCAAAGCAUCCAGAAGGAGAAAGGUCUCUCAGAAGAGAAGAACAGGCCUAAUUCAGAUCCUGGCCCCCAUCAGUCUCAGUACAACUCACUGAGAAGAGUUUUUCCAAGCCUGAAUAAAAAUAUGGGAAAGACUGAGGAAAGUCCAUUAUCAUCAGAAACAGAUGAAGACAUCGAGGAGGAAGACGACGACUAUUACAAAACUCCGAGCAACAUUUUAGCAAAGUGUAAUACUGAAAUAUCAAAGCCUGACCCUACAGCCAAAUCCAAUGUUCCUAUGCAAGAGAAGCCAGUGCAGAAGAAUACUGUAAAGGAGAACAUUUAUAUGUCAAUGAAAUCACUUCAGGUCCUGGAUGAGGAUCACCAGCGCAUGUGCACCAGUGAUGGACUUCUGACUCCUCUCAAGUGCCAGGAAACCAAUGCAUGUCCAAGAGACUUGGUGGCAAACAGAGACCUAAAACUUGCAGAAAGCAGCACCGGGCAGCAGCCAACCCUCCAGAAAAAGCAAAACUCGUUACCCCUUUCAGUGGUUCAGCUGACUAUACUACUCAGUCAAGUUACAGAUGAGACCCAGCUGCAGAAGUUGGAUAUUUUCAUCCCCCUGACUGAUGUUAACAAUUACUUAACACUUACUGAAGCAGCAGGACAAAUAUGUGUGUCACACUGGACUGGUCCUUACCGACUGGGAUGUAUAUUUAACCAUGGAGACCGUAUAGUGGCUGUGAAUGAUCUGUACCCAAAAAAUGUGGAGGAAGUUUCCCUGUUUGUCAGCAGGUCCACAAGAAAGGAGGUAAAACUUACUGUAUGUAGGAUCCCAGAUUCAGAUAUCUUCCAUACUAAAGGAUGCUCAUGUUCCUGA